CCACCUCCUCCUUUUCCACAACUUAGUCUGCAAUCAUCAUGCUAGAAGGCAAGGCAGUCAUUGGUGAGACUGAUAUGCUGCAAACCAUGCAGCAAGAUGCUCUAGACUUGGCAGCAAAGGCCCUCGACUUCUUUGAUGUCACUGAGGCCACCGAGAUUGCACGUUUCAUUAAAAAGGAAUUUGACAGGACGCAUGGACCUGGGUGGCAGUGCAUAGUUGGAACGGAUUUUGGAUCAUUUGUCACACAUUGCUAUGGCUGUUUCAUCUACUUUCGCAUUGCCAGCCUUGCAAUUUUGCUCUUCAAGGGGUCUGCUGGUCCAGAGGCUCAGGCAAACCAGUUUCCAGUGUUGGAGUCAGUGAAAGCAUGAGGGCUCCUUUUCCUUUCUCUUCUGAUUUCUUCUUGUUCCCUACCCCGGUUGUGUAAACUAUAGAGGACCCACAGAAAAAAAAAAUGCACAAAAUUUCAAAUGCACUCUACUUUGCUAUCAUUUUGCUCUUGAUCUUGUGUUUAAUUUUAUACAUCAUAGCUCAUAAGGAUCACUUUGGAGUGAAACAAUGUAUAUAGUAAUCAUUUUUCAUUAUCAUGGAAAUUUAAGCUUCAAGAAGUUAAUUAAAAGAAUGGCAGAAUCAUAUGAA